UCCCAUUCUGUUUUGUUCGGGUUUUGCCUGUAAAUCCGUCCAGAGACGUGGUAUAGAAGUGACCUCGCAUUUUCGCUUGAAUAAAACCAAACGACCUCGCUUCCAAUUGAUAUGCGAGAUGUGCGCAAGCAACGAAUUAUGUGUGUGUGUGUGUGCCUACUAAUGGAAAAAUACACUAAGCUAAGGGUUGAACCUACAUGUCAUUGAUUGCCUACCGACACCUGAGAUAUUGUUCCAUUUUUGCCCAAUCUCUCCGACAAGCGAGCGAGCAAGUUAAAAUUCCCAAUUGUUCACAACUUCCGCGUCUAAGUACGCAAAAUGGAUCCAAACAUUAUAACCAACACGGACGUGGUGCAGCUGCCGUCCAGCGCAAUUGUUAUUGCAGUUUCGUGCCAUGGAAUCUUUGAUCUGGACACACCCACCGAGUCGGAUACUUUAUCGAAAGGUCCCGCUGUCUCCUUCAUUAAGGCUAUUCAAGCCAUAAAUGAAAAACUGACGGGCAAAACUACCAAUGUCACUUUAUUUGAUGUGAUUAUGUUGGCCAAGGAUUUACAAGGGAAACAGGCGAAGAUAGAAAGUAGCAUUAAACAUUACGGUCUUCCAAUAAGUAGAUGUUGGUUCAUCAACAAUGAGGAAUUUACUCAAAGCCUUAAAUCUGCGAAUGUAAAAUUAUUCCUGUCCAUGGACUCCAGUGAUGUCUGCGAAGCCUUGCAAGAAGGAGUUCCAGCUGCAAUGCUGUGCCCUCAGACUCAGACCCAGGCCGAAGGGGAUAAGGAGCAGGUUGUAAACCCACUGAAGGUCCUGCUGUCGGGGGAUGUAAUGGGCCUGCCAGAGGAGAAACUGUCCGAGGCUGGAUUGAGUCAGCCCCAGCUCCAGACAUUUAGAGCAGCUAAGGCCUCCAUGGCUGACUUUGCUGCAGUGCUUCAGGAGAUGAGGAGGCAUUUUGGCAGGGAGGACAGCCCCCUCCGGGUGACGCUGAUGAGCGUUCUGGGCUCCAGCAGGGAAUGGGCCAGUGCCCUGCUGACGGCACGAGGCUUGGGGCUGGAGGUGGAUGAGGCCUACUGCUUGGCUGGCGCCUCCUAUGGCCCCAUUCUGAACUGCAUCCAGCCUCACAUCAUGUGCUAUGAUGGUUUGUACAGUGUGCCAGAGGUACCAGCGUUGUCCUGAAAAAUGAAUGCAUAACUUGUUGGGAGACUGUGGUUCUCUGAUUAUUAAUUACAUUAAUGAUUAGUGACACAUGAGUUAAAAAAAUAUAUCUGAGGUCAGGAUUAUCUUGAUAAUUUGAUGUGCCAAAACAUCAUGGUAGAUGUCAUUGCCAAUUAUUGAUAUAGAUAGCUAUAAUUGCCAUCAGACUUCUGUUUUUUAAAUAUUCUAAGUACAAAUGUUGUGGGUGCUACAUUUUUCUAAAGAUAUUUAGAUAGUUUUAUGUUUUCUAUGCUUUUUCCUUUUCUUUGCAAAAACACAUUCACAGAGGUGCUGUGGUUGAGCAGUGAACAAGUGUCUUUAUUUAUAAAACAACUGAGCAACUGAAUAAAUAAAUAAACAAACAGGAUAAAUGAUCAAA